AUGGCCUUUUUUAUUACUUGGUCGUUCAUUUGGGAUGACGAGAUCGUCGUAUCCGAAGGAUCAUAUCACUUCGACUUUGCCGAAGCUCAAGCAUACAGGGAGGAGAGUCUGAAAGCUAUACAGAAUGCCCUAGGGUUGGGAGAGCAGCCCGACGCUCAGGGGACCGCUGGACAGAAUACGUUCCUGCGGAGCUUUGAAAUAUUAGGAAAGCCCCUUUGUGAGGAAUAUACUAUUGCACAACGGAAAAGGUUCUUGCGCGAAUGGGUUCGAUUCCUGGACGCUUCGGAGUGGGAACAACGCAGACGCAUCGAGGGAACUAUCCCUAGCUUGGACGAGUAUCUGGCCUGUCGGAUGGGCACUAACGGAGCUUACGUCUUGCUGGCAUUAGAUGAAUUUGCACUGGGAAUUCAGCUCCCACAGGAAGCCAUGGACCACCCGGCUAUGCAAGUCCUUUGGGAAGCGACGAACAAGAUUCUAUCUAUGUAA